AUGCCCAGACAAAAUCUGAGACGAAAUCUACAAGUAAUGUGUUUGACUUUAAAUGCACUUGUCAUCAUCUAUCCGCCACCUGCUCAUGUAUCGAAUAACCUCAUUGACUUUGUGAGGAGGUUAUUAUCUGUUCUUCUUUUAUUGGCGACAAUAUUAAGUCCACCUCCGGCCGGCCAACUUUUACCUAUAAUGCAACGUCUAGACCCGGCAUUUUUUGGUUCUGAGGGAAGAGAUCUGUUUAUCGCCAUAGAAAACCAACGAUAUCUGUUCUGGUUGAACACUGGGGAAUUACCUGAGACUCUAGCAAACAUAACCGCAGAGAUCUCUUUCGCGUUAGAAAGGUUGAAUAGAAGAGGACGGCUACGUCGAAGAUGGAGAAUGUGCAAGCUGAGUCCUAUAAACAGGGUCCUGUUAACUGUGAUAUGGUUAAGGAAAUAUCCUUGCGUUGAUACGUUAGCUCUACUAUUCGAUAUUAGCCCCUCCACCGUAUCAGCUAUAAUCCAUAGAAUCGUCCCUGUUUUAUGGCAUUUUUUUCGUAACCAGGUUACCCGGCCAUCUGUUGCUGAAUGGGAAAAUAUGCGUGGUCACUGGCGUUCUUUUCCUGAUGCUGUUCGUUGUAUUGAUGGCACCCCCCAUGAAAUUUACUGACCUGAAACGGAGCCCCAAGAACAUUUUUACAGUGGUCCUAGACAUUACCAUUUGAUGAACACUCAACUAAUUGUCGAUAACAUUGGAAACAUUGUCUUUCUACAGGCAGGUUUUCUAGGAGCAAUGAACGAUGCGGGAAAUUACAACAUGACGGAGAGAAUUGGACCAGGAACUCACAACGAUUUACCACCAGAUGUUGUGCUACUGGCUGACAAAGGUUAUGCGGAUGUCCCUCCGUUGAUGACGCCAUUUAGAACAGCACAGAUACGACGAAUGCCAAGGCAUGACAAAAUUUGUGCGUGCAGAUUUAAUCACAAACUUUCUAAGUGUAGGAUUCUUAUAGAACACACCAUCAAACAUAUGAAAACAUAUCAAGCGGUUGCCAGCAUUUGGCGCCACCCUCGAUGGUUCCAACCGAUUGUUGUUGAGCUGUGCACCUUCUUAGCACAGAGACACAUCGUAUUGUUUGACAUUAUUUAAUAUAGUGGCUUUUCAACAACAAAACUGCGCAAUAAUUUGAGAUAUUCCAAAGUUAAGUUGGGUAUAAAGGUUAUGUGUGAGUAUGCAAGGGGGUUUUGUUGCGUUAGCCAAAUAUAAGUUUAAACUGUUUCUAUGAUAUGUAGUUAAAUUAAUAAUAAAAUGCCGAAUUAAAUGAAGCGAGCCAAAGUGAUGUAGUUAUUUGCAUCGUAUUACCAUAAACAAAUGACUUAUCACUGUUUGUGGCUCAUUAUCAUAUGGCUUUGGCUUAUGCGAAAGAUGUCUAUUCAACCGUUUGACAUGAUAAUAACAGUUCUCACAUUAGUAAUUUAUUCAAAUUACAAAAGAGAGCUGCACAUGUAAUAACCAUUUUAGACUAUAGUAUUAGAUCUGUCCAAAUUUUGAAACCCUUCAAUGGAAAUUAACCAAUCAAAACAGUACUUGAUAAACGAGAAUUAAUAAUGAUGUUUAAAGUUUUAAAUGGUAUGGCACCAAAUUACCUGACAAUGUUGUUUCAUAAAUGUAACAACACAAACUAUCACGUAUGUACUAAUAAUUUAAAAACGAGUCUGCCUAAGCCAAAAACAGAUUUCCUAAAAAAGACUUUUGUUUAUCAUCGAGCAGCUUCCUGGAACAAGCUACCCUCUGAUAUGAUCCUAGUAGUAGUUGAGUGUCAAUCAGUAAAUUCAUUUUCUAAAAUUCUUAAACAUUAUUUUAAUUGACAGCAAAUUUGUGCUUGGCUGUGGAUUGCAGUACGCUUUGUAUAGUUGUAAAUAUUUAUUAUAUAAUAUUUUUGUGUGAUACAUGGCUCUUUGAAAAUCACUAAUUGUGAAAGGCUACCAUGUUUAAAUAUUCUUAAAUAAUAAUAAUAAUAACAAUAAUAAAACACUGAAAAGUGGAAGCACCAUUGUAAACACAAAACAGCACAAAUUUACAAAGUUGUUCACAAAAGCAGAAAAAUGGACAAGAAACAGUGUGAAGUUUUAUGCCACAGAUGCCAAAAAAGCAAACUCACAUGACUAAGGGGCUUUAUGGAAUUACUUGCCGAGAAAAAUCCCAAACUAUACUAAGAAACAUUGAAACAGAAUACACUACAUCAACCUCUCCUCAAACCGUACUCAUUCCAACUCAAAUUUCACUCAAAAUUGCAUCUCAAGUCCCACUUCAGGUUCCACCUGAAACCUCACAUCAAGUUCCACUCAAAGCUCUGUCCCAAGUUGUACCAACAUUCAAUAAUAACAUCCUCACACUUCCACUGCCACCACUUCCACAUAUAUGUAGCGAAUCCCAAAACUAAAUAAACCCUCCAAAUUGCAAUGCAAUAUUCUGGUUAACUCUCUUUGAGAAUCCAGUAAUGUGAAUGCCGUAAAGAGUCGACCAGCAAUCUUCUUGACAAAAAAAACUUAGAAACGAAAAACAAAAACAAUCUAAAGUAACCCACCCGCAUGGACACAGUUUUGAUGCAGUAGUUCAUCUUAAGAGACAGCUAGAUGCACAGGAUCUGUUCCUUAUCUUUGAGAUAAAUGGCGAGGGUAUGAAUGAGAAUCCAUCAUAUGUUUUUUUUUGCUAAAAUUGUUUUGGAAAUGGACAGGUCCGGCAACCACUAUAUGUCUAAAGAAUGGGUUUUCUUUGAUGCAAGGUGUUGAUGAUUCAAUAAAACAUUUAGCAUCACAACAUUCCACCCACUUUUAAGAAAGAUAGUUAAGUUAGCAAUCAUGGAAUGCAAAGAGGAAGAUGCCAGAUCUGUCAAAAUAAUGUGGGAGUUGUUCAACAAAGUUUUACAAACAGAAUCUAGUCGAAAUUUCUACAAAUUUAAUCCAUGUGGAUGGAUGGUAAAUGAAGCAAGGUCAAACUGAAAGACCUUAAAGAAGUUUACAGAGAUGAUGUUCAGACAAGAAUUGUUAGCUGUCAAUUUCACUAUCACCAAAGUAGCAAUGCUCACCAACAUAAGUUACUGACAGACGAAGAACGUGACAUGUUUACAAAUUAUCCAAUGGGCUUUUCACAGCUGUUGUUACUCCUUCAGCAUUCAUGGAGUCCAAUAAAAAUGAUUAAAUUUUAUCAAUUCAGAACCCAACCGUGAACACAUCCUAUUAACUGGUUAACCUGGUGGUACAGCAGGCGAUCUUACAUAUUUCCAGCAUUACGUCCUCUCCACUGUGUCCCAAGGCAUUUCAACAGAGCUUGAAGAAGGCGAAAAACGAGUCUUUCCAUUUAGUUUCGGCAAAUCUUGGGAAAAAUGGAUUUAUAGGAUAUUCCAUCAAUUCUUGAAACACUCAUCUUGUUUCAGUCACAACUACGCCGCAGUGUGAAUGCCCCUUUUAUAUUGUUAAACAGAACAACACUCGGCAAAUAUGCAAACAUAUACAUACUCUGGGUGUAUUUAUUUGUGUUGGAGAUCACCGAGGAGAGUAAACUAAUUAACCCAAGUAGCACUAAUAGAAUCUGAAGUACUGGAGCUAACAUCUAAUGCUCCAGCUGUAAUCCCUUCCCGACUCUUCAGACCAUCUUCAACAACAAGUGAGUCUUUCGCAUAUAACACAAAUUUAUCAGGAAGUAACAUGCAAUCUACCACAACAGCAAACAUCUCUAGUUGUAAAGUACCGAAGAUAACAAAUGACAAGAUCAAUGGUUUGUUUGAAGGUUCGCCUCAGUACCGAAGAUGACGAAUGACAAGAUCAAUGGUUUGUUUGAAGGUUCACCUCUUAGCACUGCUCCUCAAGUUUGAACAACAAUAAAGAACAACAAUGUGUGGGGUGCAGAAGCAGUAAAAUACUUCUGGGAAGAAUUUGCAUCCACAUGAGCAGUUUGUAUGUACCACAAAACUGCAACUUCUGCAUGAUCGAGAGGAACAGAAAUUUUUGCGCAAAUUUAAACUGAGUUUCAAAAAAGCCGCUGGCGUCAAAUAUGAUAUUCACUCCAUUUCAAGUGCUCAUUGGUGAGGGGACUGCAUUGAAGAACUGCAAGAGUAUGAAAUGUUGGUGGAGAGGGGUUUGACCAUGGUAUAGCUCUAUGUCGAAAGAAACAAACUCUGUUUGUAUACAUGUUACCCUUGAUUAAGAACUAUAUAUUUUUACAAACCAUAAAAAUUAUUAAGAUGUUAUUUGUUAGAUACUGCUUUUUUGGUGUUUGGUUCAUUGUUAUAGCUUUGUUAAAAGUUCAAACAAUAGUAAAAACUAUCAAUAGUUUAUUUACUUGUACUCGCUUCACUUGGUACGUACUAAAGUACUACCAGUUUCUACUAGCGUGAAAUGUUAAAGCCGAAACUUGAGAAAAUUUAUUAAAAUGUGGAAGUUUUUUAAAAAACUGACAUAACUCUCUUCAUUGCCACAAUCGUGAAUGCGGAGAGCUAACAUGUUAAUGAGAGAGAGUUAUGUCAAUCAUAACUCUCUCAUGUAGUUCAAGGAAACAUCGGGGUGUUUUGGGCAUGGUUCGAACAUAAGUUUACGAAAUGAUAACUCUCCAUUUAGCCGGUCCCUUAAAUUAGACUACGUGGUAUGUCAGUGAAGACAGCAUAAUUCCAUCACUUCUUUGUAAUGAUUUAAAUUAUGAUUGGAAGCACACUGGCAAAAUGGACGCUGUCUGCACAUACACUACAGUACUUUAGUAAUUUUGAACCAAAAACCAUUUUAAUUAUUCAAGGUAUGUUGGUUUCGAAACGGAAGGUCAAAAUAAUGUUUUCGAAAAGGUUAGAUGGGAAACAAACAAGUUGUUAUUUUCCACUGUUAGCAAAAGUUCCAUCAAAAUGCGUAAUGCGGUUGCCUAGCCAUGCUAUGUCCAUGCUAUGUCCAGUUUGUUUUUGCACAAAACAGCCUACCCAUCUUAUAAACUUCAUUCUGCAAUAAGUCUUUAACAUGGACGCUUGUGAGUAAGCAAUAGUUGUUUUGGGCCCUGUAUUGGCCAAGUUCUAUCCACGUUAAAAAGACAGUCUACCUUUACUCUAUCUUGGCUUGAAAAAAGAGGCUACACAUAUACCUACACUAUUAAAAGUUAAAGUUUGGUGUGUUAGCAAACCAAAGUAAGUACAUAGAUAACAAGUUGUUUUCUGCAAUAUUAAUAGUUGCAAAAUGUUUCACAUAAAAGUGACUUUAGAAUAAUUUGCGCCAUGUCGUGCAUGAGUCAGUUUUCGUUCAUGUGAGUGAGUUUUCGUUCAUGUGCGCAUUAUUCAUGUGAUUUAUCAACAUUCAAGUCUUGAUAUUGAAUUUGAUCCUACCAACUAAAACCUGCAACAUCGAUUUCACAUUUCGACACCUCGUUCCUAACAAGUCGUCGUAUUGUGAUAUGAUUGUAUUGUACAUAUUUCACACCUGUAUAUAUAUCCUGUUAUCUGUUUAUUAAAUUGUUAUAACCUUGUUGUCAAAAUUCUGACGUCGAGUUCGAUUUAUUCAACGCACCACGUCUACCCAAGUAGAUUCAUUUGGAUUUUGUUCAAACAUUCAUUUCUAUCCGGAUGAAGCUACAUUUUAGUUCGAAUUUGAUGCAUGGUUAAAAGGAAUUCGAAGUAUUUGUCCACUUAGUCAAAAUAUUCUGCAUCAUACCAUUUCAUCGUUGCUGAAGGAACAAUAUGGGCAGAACUACUGGAUAGCCGCAGCUCAUGUUCAACAACUGAUCGAGGGCCCGCCUAUUAAGAAUGAAGAUGGGACCGCCUUGCAGCAAUUCUCGGUGGUGCAAUUAACAAGUUGCACAAAUGCAUUGGAAAAGAUUGGAUAGACGUCCUUAAAACGAACACGAUUAAUUAAAGACAAAACAGGAACAACUUCAACAAUUAAAAAGGUCCUGUGGUUUGGCAAGAGCGCACAUAACCAACAAAAUUAAUAGAAUUAGAGGAGUAAUGAAGAAUCCAGAUAAUUUCUUCAACUAUAGUUGCCUAAUGUUCUAUAGGGAUUCCAAAGGGUGCACAAUGCCUACCAUUCCCAAAUUUGAAACGGAAAUGAGCUGCAUGAUUCCGAACAAUAUGGUAAAGCUGUUGAGUUAUCAGUGAAAGAGCUCGAGCAUGAAAUAGACUCCUUAGUAAAACAAGUGCAACUAAACAUUGAAAGAUCCUUUAAAAAAAAGUUUCCACUUUUAUUUCCAACUUAAUAAUUGACAAGUAUCGAAUUCUUCACACAAUUUAUUCUCACACACCUAAUUUUCUCUUGUUGUUUGAAGCUCUAUAUAUCAAGUACCAUUCCCCCAGUUUAAACACUGGACUCAAAGCCAGCCUUAAGCUUUUUUCUUAAUCUAUACACCCACAUUUCAUCACACUUACAUCUCACUGCACCUGUCGUGGUUCCGAUUGAGACUUACAUUCUGUCAUCAUGCCUUGCCAACUUGUAUAUAAAACCAUGUAUAUAUUGUAACUGUAGUUAGUCUGAUGAUGAUUUUGUAAUAAAAUCGAAAUAUUACUCACUCACUUUCUUGUUUAACUCAUAUUUUGGGUUUCAAGAUGCUUAUCUUCAGAUUAUGUUUUGUACUAUAGAUCCAUUAAAGGUCAACAUGUUUCAGAAACUCAGAUACGCAUCCAACCAGAGGACUCUAUCAGCAACAUAGGUUCCCGCACGUCGUCAUGUUCAAACUCGAUUUGUAGUUCGAAGAAGCACUAGUAGUGCGAAAGCAAAAAAACCAGCCUUAGAAGCCCAAGCGGAAACCCUGCGGCAUCUACAUCAGCUUGAAAUAGAAGAGCUAGUCCUGAAACAAUGCAAACAGGAGCUGCAAUUGAGUGGAGAAAUUGCCGCAGCUGGAGCCGAACAAUCCAUGUAUGAGCAAGUUGAAGCCGAAGAGCUUAGAGAAUUUGAUCCUGCUCCGACAUCAGACACUCAAACUGCUGCCCCUGUCUCUAACCAACAUUGA